GGAUGUUGCUUUUUGUGACUGCUCCGUGAUAUUGUCGACGGUGUGGUUUGUUUUAUCUGUGCACACAGGCUUUCGUGUCGCCUGUUAGCUUUUCGUUAAGCUGUAAUAGGUCAGUCUUUAGGGUGAUAGGCAUGUUUCCAGUAGUGGUGGUCCAUGGAGGGGCGGGUCACAUCCCGAAGGCGCGGUCAGAAAACUCCACUUCAGGUGUGCGCGCAGCAGCCCGCACAGGGUACACCAUCCUCAGGGAGGGGGGCAGCAGCAUGGAUGCAGUGGUAGAGGCUGUGACCCAGCUGGAGAAUAACCCCUCCUUUAAUGCAGGGUGUGGGUCUGUGCUGAACGUCAAAGGAGAGGUGGAGAUGGAUGCCAUUGUGAUGGAUGGGAAAACACUGGGUAGUGGUGCCGUGUCUGCUGUACGCAACAUAGCCAACCCUAUCCAGCUAGCAAGACUGGUUAUGGACAAGACAGCUCAUGCAUGUCUGACUGCAGAGGGGGCCAAUCAGUUCGCCCGGUCCAUGGGUGUCCCUGAGGUGCCUCUAGAGUCCCUCAUCACCGACUACUCUCGCAUGCGCUGGAAAAAGAACCUAGAACCUGAUGCCAACCCUGUGGAGUGCCAAAUGGGGAAGAUGGGCACGGUUGGAGCAGUAGCAGUCGAUAGUGAGGGCAACGUAGCCUGUGCAACCUCCACUGGUGGGAUGCUGAACAAGAUGGAGGGACGGGUGGGCGACACACCCUGCAUAGGUCAGUCCUCAAGCAUAUAGUUGGGAAUGAUAAGCCUUAAAGAGAGGGAGAGAGAGAGAGAAUCCAUAAGAAUGAGAGAGAGAUAUCAUAGUCUGACAACAAGGACCUUUGACCAGCAGAAGUUCGGCAUGUUUGGUUAAUUAAUAA